AUGCCCUCUACUUCAGUCGGAUCCGAGCUCCAGACAUGGGAUCAACCUGAGUCACAUUUUCAAGAGCCCAUCUCUGAACACUCGCCUAGUCAACUUGGCGAUAUCAAUAAUAUACCAGCACAGGGAGAAGGCAUCUUGAUUCAGCAGCUCGCCCCAGCAGACGGAGGCGCAGGAGCAUGGCGCCUCCUCGGAGCCGCUUUUGUCUUUGAAGCUCUUUUGUGGGGUGACUUUGAAACCCCAUCCACAUUCAAAAGCACCUGGGCUAAUAGAAACUACUACUCAAGUCUGCCACAAUUCGCAGGAAAUUCAAAUGUAGCACUCAUAGGGACGAUUGCCCAGGGAGCCUGUUACCUAGGUGCACCCGCCUCCGCCGCGCUCGCAAAGCGCUUUCCAAAGUUCCAGCGCCAACAAAUUUGGCUUGGUUGGCCACUGUGUAUUCUAGGCUUGGUAGCAGGCUCCUUUACUACGACUCUGCCGGGCCUGAUAGCCACCCAGGGAGUGAUGUAUGGCGUUGGAUUCGUGACUUUGACGUAUCCCAUCAUUAGUUUCAUAGACGAGUGGUGGAUUGCUAGGAAAGGAAUGGCAUUUGGGAUUAUCUCUGCUGCGUCGGGAGCCUCUGGAAUUUUCAUGCCGUUCAUCAUCGAGGCCCUUCUUAAGAAAUACGGGUAUAAGACAACUCUGCGAGCAAUAGCAGUGGGAAUGGCUGUUCUUACCGGACCUCUGCUUCCGUUCUUGAAAGGCCGUCUUCCGCCCGCUGAACAGAGCGCAAUGGGGAAGACGAACUGGUCUUUUUUCAAGAAACCCCUAUUUUGGAUCUUUUGUGCCAGCACCCUCCUCCAGGGUCUUGGAUUCUUCUUUCCAGCCCUCUACUUACCCUCGUACGCCACGGCAAUCGGCCUCUCUUCAACUUCCGGUGCCCUCAUCCUGGCCAUCAUGUCUUUGGCGCAAGUUAUUGGUCAGUUCAGCUGCGGGUAUCUAUCUGACAAGAAGAUGUCGGUCAGUGCGCUUUGCAUUGCUUGCUCGGUGAUGUCAACAAUAGCGGCCUUCGCACUAUGGGGGCUGGCGAAAAAUCUGGCCCUUUUGCUAGUCUUUGGGAUCGUCUAUGGAUUUUUCGGGUACGGCUUUACAACGAUGAGGGUUGGCAUGGGAAGGGCCGUUAGUGACGAUCCGAGUGCAGCAGUUGCUACUUAUGCAAUCUUGGUAUUUCUGCAAGGGGUGGAAACAUCCUGGCUGGACCCAUUAGUGCCGGUCUACUGA